AUGGCUCUUCUGGACCGCGAGCGGCUCUGCCGCAUCGAAGAGCUCGCAAAUCAGGUCCUGCAGACACAAGAGAAACUGGUCGAGCUGGACCGGCAAAGAAACGGGCGGCGAGAGGCCUUGGGAGCCUUUCGCCGUGGCGAGGCCAAUGUUGGGUCCUCUCAGUGGAUUGCCACACAGGGGCAGUUCAUCCGGUUGCCCGGGAAGACAGCAAGGUCUUGGCUGACACGGCAGCAGCAGGAUACGGAGCAGCACAUUGCAGCAGCACGGAACGCCCUGAAGGUGCAGCUACAGGACCUGCUGGCGGAGCAUCCCCAGGUCACCGAACUCCCCGCCGGGGUCUCGUCGCUGCUGCUUGCCGAGCGCCGGCCUGCACAGGCAUCUUCCGAGCCCACAGAACAGGCUGAUCGCAAGCGCAAUGCGUUGGAUUACUCCCGCUUUGACAAGAUCGUCGCCUCGGACUCCGAAGGGGACAGUAGCUAG